AUGAUGUUGAAAAAUAACCAUCAACACAAGACAGUAGAUAUACCAAUAAACCAGGAGCCAAAAACGUUUGAACAACACAGGCGUGAAAUGCUGACCGGAUUACAGCAUAGACAUAAAGGAAGAAAACGACCUAGGCUUGCAAAUACUCCACACACUGAUACGUGGUCGGAUGUGAUAGAUAAUUGGGUUGAUUCAUCUUGGCGCAGUUGGGAUGAUGAGAUGCACAGACUAAGGCGUGGGAUGUUCGCACUUUUGCCUCUUGAUAUUUUUGGUCUAAGAUCAUCUUAUCCAGACCCCUUUGACCUGAUGAACCAAAUGGAAGAUGAGAUUGAGGAGAUUCGGAAUCGCGUGGGCAUGAGUAGAGUUCCAGGAGUUGGUGCUCUUAAUGACUUCUUGAAGGAUGCUUAUGAGGUUGGUGAAGAUGGGAAGCUUUACUUCAAGGUACAUUUCGACACGAAUGGUUUUACCCCCGACGAUAUCAAGGUUGACUCUACAGAACAUCGUUUGACAGUUCAUGCGAAGAAAGUUUCAGAAUCUGAUUCAUCAAAAUCUUCUCGUGAGUUUUGUCGGAUGAUAGAGCUUCCUCAAACAAUCGAUCAUAACCAAUUGAAGUGUCGUUUGACAGAAGAUGGCGUUCUUAUGUUAGAGGCUCCUGUGAAAGCCCCCGACUAUGAGUCAAUCACAUUCACGGAUAAUCGUCGACUUGGGAUUCAUCCAAAGUCAGCAGAUCAGAUCCAGUCAGUCCCAGCAUCAAAGGCACUUGCUGUGAAAGGUGUAUCUGGUCCAACAAUUUUAGACGAUGAAGUAAAUGGAAAGCGUCUGCAUUUAGAAGUACCUGUUGAUCCAGUGUAUAAGCCCGAGGAUUUAUGCGUAAACGUAGAUUCCAAACGUGUUGUCGUGUCAGGAAUAAGUUAUCAGAAAGACAGUGGUUAUUUUAACAAGAAAAGGAGCAGUUCGUAUGCCGAGUUCACUCAUUCGUACGAAAUUCCAGAAACAGUAGAUCCGUUAUUAGUGACAGCUCAACUAAUUGACAAUAGAUUGGUUUUGGAGGCUCCUUUGUUAAAACGGCAUAAAGUCAGUUAUUAAUAUAUUUGAUAUAAAUAUAACAGCCUUGUGCAUCGGUUGAUAAAAUCUUUUAUGUGAAGUAUUUCGAACGAAUUUCUUAAUUACACUUGUAUGUAACGCUUUUGAGUACACACAAACGUGUAAAAUGUAUUUGGUAAUAAAUCUUAUAUACUCAAAGUGCUUGCAUUAGUUUUGAAAUUUGUUGUGGGUUUUUUAUGCGUAAAAAGAAACUAAAUAGCUAUAAUCAUUUUUCGGGCGAACUAAAGCCAUUAACAUAACCAUUGAAUUAUAAUAUGGUUGUUUGUUGUUGAGCUUCUUUAGAAGACAAUAUUAGUGUCUCGAUAGUGAUUAAUAUAUAUCAUAUGAGAAAACAUAGAGUUAAAAUACUCAUUAAUACGCAAUGAUCACUCACUAAUAUUGCAUCAAUAAUAAUUGGCCGUUAAAUUUAUAGUUAAUUAUGUUGAUGGUGAAUUAAAUGAAAAAUAUUAUCACGUUAUCCUAUCCUGUUAUCUAUAUUUACAUAUAAUCAUAUUUCCCACGAAGUGUAUUAAAAAUACGAGAAGGAUAUAUUUUUCUAAUCAAUUAUAGUAAAACAGACUGAUAUUUCUAGGUCAAAUGAAAAUAUAACUUACUAGUUUCUACUAACAAGGGAUGAAACAUGGGACAGAAAGAAUUAGUUUCAAUCACCAUUUAUGAUUAAUAAAUGAAGCUGAAAAAACAAAUUAACAAAAUCUGAAUAGUUCAGUCAAAUAUAUACAAUUUUGUCGUAUGUAAUAUUUAAUAUUGGAUAAAUGAAAUAAAAUUUUAUUUCACUAUAUUUAUUGAUUAACGUUGAAAUAUCCCAGUAACCAAUUCAACGACAUACUAUAUUGUAAUAAAUAUGAAUAGUUGUACCAAUAAAUUUUCUACCUAGUAGAAACCAAUUAAAAUCAAUAUAGUCAAUUACGUAAUAUCCUUUUUUUCUCAGUCAGUUAUCAAUUCAAUAUUACUUAUCAAAUCGAUAUAAUGGUAAUAAUAAUUUUAUGAAUUUGAUACAAAAAAAGUAUUAAAAAACUAGAUAUUAUUAUUACAGGGUUGUGAAGGUUAUUGGGUUUUUGCUGAGAUCAUGAAUCGAUUAAUGUUGAACCACCAUUAAGAACCUGGAAACGUUGGACGACCGGUUCGUCCUAGUAUAGGAUUUCUCAACAGUACGCAUCCGUGAUCUCGCAUACUGGACUCGGACCUAGGAUUAUCAGUUUCGUGCCAACUCUUAACCUCUAGACCACUGAACCGGCAUUCCACGGUAUUAAUGUCUAACUUAGACCAAUCUCCUAUUGUCUUCUAUGGGUAACUGCCUCAAAUCCUACACGGUUGAACUCCACUGGUCACGGCUUCUCAUGAGAAUGACCUUUUGAAGCUAGUCAUCAGUGGCCACAUGAUAAUUAUCCGUAUAGCGUUGUGGAGAUUGUUAUGUUUUUACUGAGACUAUGAACUUAUCAUUAUUAGGUUACUACUGAAAACCUGGGAUCACUGGACGGCCGUUUCGUCCUAGUAUUUCUUAUACUUCGAUGAAAACUCUUAAAACUUGUUAUGAAAGAAUAUAGAAGUUUAUUCACAGUGAAAAUUUGCAAGUAAGGUUAAAUCCUCAACAACAAAAAAAGUAACUGACAACAUUUUCAAAGAUUCAGCUAUUGAACAAUUUGGUCACUUCUAAAUAGCUAAAUUCAUUAAUAUUUCACUAUACCAAAAACAAUUAAUGUAAAAUGAUUAAUAUGAAUUAAAUUAUUACAUGAAUUCUCUUUGUAUGAUUAAAGAAAGGUAUGACAUACUUUAUUUCAUGCUUACACUAAAAC